GCUGCUAGUACUGCGGGUUUCUGUAGCGCUCCCUUCUUUGGUCUCCGCAACCCACGGCUGACAGAGUUCUGCUCACGCCAUCUUGCGCCCCCACCCCCUCACCCCGCCCCAGCCGAGUCACCUUUUUCCUUUCUACACUCUCAGCACCCCUACCCCGCCCCUAUCCAUCCGUGUCCCGGGCCGCAGCAGCCGAAACCGCACCAUCUCCACCCCCACAUUCUCCACGCGGGACGCGCAGCCGUGCCUACAAGUGUUCUUAAAGCAGAGGUUGUACAGCUAAUGCCAGAUUCAUUUGGAGAGCCAUAACAGUACUAACUGGAGUUUCCUUUAAUCAUUACUGUAUUGUGACCAUGGGUUUCCUCUUUUAUCACUUUGAUGAAUAAUACUGCAUCCAGCCCAAUGUCUGUUGCCACUUCUAGUGGUGGAAGAAGUACGGGGAAGUCUAUAAGCUUUGCAGCAGAAUUACAGAGUAUGAUGUUUUCUUUAGGUGAUGCUAGAAGGCCUCUUCAUGAAACAGCAGUUUUGGUAGAGGAUGUGGUACACACUCAGUUAAUUAAUUUGUUACAGCAAGCUGCUGAAGUUUCUCAGCUUCGGGGAGCAAGGGUAAUAUCUGCUGAAGAUCUUCUGUUUUUGAUGCGCAAAGAUAAGAAAAAGCUGAAAAGACUGCUAAAAUACAUGUUUUUCCGAGACUACAAAUCAAAGAUUGUCAAAGGAAUAGAUGAGGAUGAUCUUCUGGAAGACAAAUUGAGUGGUAGUAACAAUGCGAACAAAAGACAAAAAAUCGCUCAAGACUUUCUCAACUCUAUUGACCAAACAGGAGAACUCUUGGCAAUGUUUGAAGAUGAUGAAAUUGAUGAAGUUAAACAAGAAAGAAUGGAGAGAGCAGAAAGACAAACUCGAAUUAUGGAUUCAGCUCAAUAUGCAGAAUUCUGUGAAAGUCGACAAUUAAGUUUCUCCAAAAAAGCCUCCAAAUUUCGAGACUGGUUGGACUGCAGCAGUAUGGAGAUAAAACCCAAUGUUGUCGCUAUGGAAAUUUUAGCAUAUUUAGCAUACGAAACUGUGGCACAGUUAGUGGAUCUGGCUCUUCUUGUGAGGCAGGACAUGGUAGCCAAGGCGGGAGACCCCUUCAGCCAUGCCAUUUCAGCAACCUUCAUUCAGUAUCACAACUCUGCUGAGUGGUCUUGCAUGAAGUCUUACCCAGACUCUCCUGAGAAUACACCUCCUCCUACACCAACAGCUCCGCCAUCUGGAUCACAGCACUCAGGGAAAACCACAUCAGGAUCCCUAGGGAAUGGGAGUGCUGGACAAGACUCAGCUAAAACCAAGCAAAGGAAAAGAAAAAAGAGCACUGCGGCCUGUGGUGUCGAGGCUCACAGCGAUGCCAUCCAGCCCUGCCACAUCAGAGAGGCCAUUCGACGCUACGGCCACAAGAUUGGCCCCCUUUCCCCAUUCACAAGUGCCUACCGCAGGAAUGGGAUGGCUUUUCUAGCCUGCUGAUGUGACUGUGACUGCAACAACAGAAGAGGCAAUGUUCUAAUAAGAUGAUUCCUAUUCCCCUCUUUGGACAAAAUAAAAUACAAGUUUACCUUC